AUGUCUGACGUUGAGGAGACCCCUGUCGAUGUCCAAGUCGAAGAGACUGAGGCCGCCCCUGCCCCUCAGGGUGGCUCGAUGAGCAUCGAGGACGCCCUCCAGCAGGUGCUCAAGAAGGCUCUCGUGCACGACGGUCUUGCUCGUGGUCUGCGUGAGGCCACCAAGGCUCUCGACCGCCGUCAAGCUCACCUUUGUGUGCUGUGCGAGACCUGCAAUGAAGCUGAGUACGUUAAGCUCAUUGAGGCCCUCUGCAACAAGCACGACAUCAACCUUCUCAAGGUCUCGGAUCCCAAGACCCUUGGUACAUGGGCCGGUUUGUGCAAGAUCGACCGUGAGGGUAACCCACGUAAGGUCGUUGGCAGCUCGUGUGUAGUUGUGCGUGACUACGGUGAGGACUCAGAGGGUCUGAAUGUGCUUCUUGAGUACUUCAAGAGCCAGCGCGCUUAA